UUGUUUUAUAUUUGUUCUCUUGCCCCAAGAGCUUGCACUUCUUUUACAGCCCAGCUCAGCUGAACCUAUAGAUGUUGUAAUUGCUGCUGUGCCGCUGCUGUGUGUCAUUGUGCGGAGAGGCUCCCUGGUGACACUUCCUAUGUAAUGAAUAACACCCGCAGAGUCCAUGGGCGUGUCGCCGUCUCUCUCUCUUUUUAUAUAUGAAGCUAUUUCUGCUUCUUGUCUGUGGUUAUCUCACGAGCUAGGAAUUCUCUAUCAGGCGUGCUGCAGAGCGUCUCCUCCUGCGCAGCCUGCAGAUGAUAAUAAUGAGGCUGCCAGCUUUAUACAUUACUUGCCUGAAAUAUUCUUCAUUCCUUGCUGCAAAUUCCUAAUCCCAUACCUGGAGGCCAGAGAAAUCCCUGCAAUUGGAGCGGCAUCGCAGCAGCGCUUUUGGGUUUUGGGCGGGGUUCCUCUCCGGGAUGCUGUGGAGUAUCGCUUCCACCCUGCGCCUUUCUCGCAGCUCUCAAUGCCAGUAUGAUCGCACUCACCAGCUAGAUGUGCCAGAUUGGAGUAUUGGCUGCCAUAGAGGAGGGCCAAGGGCAGCGCACGGAGACACGGGGAUGCAGAGCUGUCUGGAGUCACAGGGCUUUGUGUAAUUCGGAGGAGAAGACCUUGUCCCUGGCCCCAUCUAUACACAGAAGGUCACCAAUUUCCACAGCCUAUCUAACUCUUUGGAGGCUCCAUUGUGCUGGACUCAUGAGGCAUGUCCAGAUGGACCCAUCACCCAAGGAGGAGGCCGGUGGAGAGGACAGCCGAACUACAUCAGGUGACUUAACCUCUCCGGGCCAGACUGGGGUUCUUAAUUCUGGUCAGGACUGCAGGGUGCUGGUGGGGUACCCCGAGAAUGAGCACAAACUCCAAAAAGUCUAUCACGUCUCCAUAACAUCGGAUAGCCCUGGUCCUAAAGCCAUUUGCCGACAAGCCUUGAAGAGGGGACCACCAGAACAGCUUCCUGAGCCACCAAGGAGUCCAAGGAGGGCUUUUUGGGGAAACCCUAAGAGCGAGGUUCCACCUGGGAAUUACCAGUCAGAUGGGGACUAUCAGAGCUGCUCUCUACCGGACGAUGAUGAGGAUCCAGACACUUUUGAGGACGGAUUGCUUACAGAAGAAAUCCCAAUGUGCAGUUCUGCUCAGCAUUUCUCCCAUAGUGGAUUGAGAGUCAUCGAACACAGAGCUGAGGGCUUCCCUUCCAAGGAACCUCAAGGCAGGCGACUAACCAUACAGCCUCUCCCUAAAAUAGCUUGCAGAAAGACUGUAUCCCCCCCUCCUCCACCCUGCACCACUUUGCACAAAAGGAGCCCAAAAGAGACACAGCUGGGGGACUCCUAUGGGUUGUCCACUGCCUCUGAAACCAAUGGGUCAAACGUCUCAGUUGACCCUAGGACUUCUGAGGAGUCCACCAGCAACCAGCACAUACUUGAUAAUGUUUUGCACAACAAUGCACAUCCAGAGACGUUGACAGACAUCUUGGAGGCAGGUAGCCUGGGUGGCAGUCACAGCAGUGCCAAUGGCAACCCCAUGGUGGGUCUGUCAUCUGAGGACACGUCAAAGGAAGCCUGUCUCCCUAGUAUGCAAGAUCAAAAGCCACAGACUGCAAAUGGAGAAGACACCAGCUCAUUGGAGAGGACUCCUCCUGGGCUGGCCCGUCUCUGCUCCCCAGGAAGUAGUAACACGGCAGUCAAGAGGAAGCUCCUUCCCGCCACCGACAUGGAAGAUUCUUGUUCCGAAGAUGAAGGACAUGGCAAAAGAUGGAGAGGGGGCGAGAGCUGCCAGACACUCCACGGGUCCUGCAGAAGCACAGACUCCAAGGCUGCACCAUUUUGGAACCAUCUCUUGCCAACAGCCAGGAACUCUCAGAAGAGCCAAACGGACUGCACGAGUCGGAGGACCAAGCGAGCGCUGCGUCUUAAAUCUCGUACUUUACGCAGUCUAAGGAAAGGACAAGCGGGAAGGAGCUGCACUGGAAACUGGGCAAAAUCUUGUAUCAGUCGAUCGCUUCUUGGAAACUUUGAGGAGUCCAUUCUUAGGGGAAGAUUUCCUCCGUGCGGUCAGAUUGAAGGUUUCACGGCGGAAAUUGGCGCCAGCGGUUCAUACUGUCCUCAGCACGUCACCCUUCCGGUUGAGGUCACUUACUUCCAUAUCUCUGAGCACAGCGCCCCCUCGCCUUUCCUGGGAGUGAUCGAUCUUGAUGCUGUCGGCAAAAAGGGAUACAACGUCCCCAGUACAGGAACCAUACAAGUGACCUUAUUUAACCCCAAUAAGACCGUGGUGAAAAUGUUCCUCGUCACCUACGACUUCAAGGACAUGCCCGUCAACCAUAUGACUUUCCUGCGUCACCGCAUCUUCCUGGUGCCCGUGCAAGAGAAUGAUGGUGAGGAUGAAGGGCUGCCCAGUGCCUCCGGAGGAGCUGCUGCUAAGGAGAAAGCCAAGAAGAUCCUGUGCUACCUCAUGCAUCUGAGGUUUCAGCGCUCAAAGUCUGGAAAGAUAUACCUCAACGAAGACAUCCGCUUACUGUUCUCCCGGAAAUCUAUCGAGAUGGACACUGGUAUCCCCUACGAAUUAAAAUCCUUCACCGAAGCCCCCAAAAACCCCAAAUACUCCCCAAGGGUAUAAGGACUGAGCCCUGGGAAGAGGCGCCAGGUCCUGACACCCUCCUGAGGAAUACGCACACCUUUUAUUUAUUAACUGCACUCCCCAAUAAACCCAUCCUCAGUCGCCCCCCCAUAGGAUGUCAGAUCAGCGUCCACCCCGACGGUCAUCCGGACUCCGCCGACAAAUCUUUCAGCUGGAAUUCUGUUUCAAGCCUUUUUUGUUUUAUUUUUUUUUGUCUUUUUUAAUUAUUAUUCUAUUUUCAGUAUAGUUUUAUUUAAGUAAAAUUUUAUUUGUAUUUUAUUUUUUUUAAUUCUAGGAAGGUGCUCGCAACUUUCACGCUGCGGGUCACCGCCAAGUGUGAAUUCAGUAGUCACUCCUGUGUCUGCAGAGUUGAUGGUAGCGUAGAACUGGUGAGGCGCGGAAAGGGCUGAGGUCACAUGACUUACGAAGCACCAAACCGCCCCAGUGUCGAACCCUAAUGAAACACUGACCUGAUCAAUAUAUAGUGUAGCUGUCCCCCGUUUCCUUACUUAGCUGCCAUCUUGAAUACAAUUUGGGGAAGGGAUAAAUAUCUAAUUAUUUAAAUUUUUUUUAUUUUCUAUAUAUUCAGAUUUUCUUCCAGUUUCUGCCCAUCUUUGUUAAUGUCAUAGAUAAAGUAGUGGAAAUUUUAAUUUAGAUUUGUUUUUACGUUCCCAGACUAUCAGGCCAAAAAUGGAGUCGUCGUCUAGAUUAUCAUGCAGUGCUAUAGGAAAGCUUUGACUAUGGAAUGACAGGUUUUUGCAGUUAAAGGGAAUUAGCCGGCACUUGUAUCAUGUUCUUUUAGGGGGUCCAAAGGAAAAAGAGCGCCACCCCCUGGUUGUUUAUGGCAGUGUUCUUCAAACUGUGGACCUUCAGAUGUUGCAAAACUACAACUCCCAGCAUGCCCGGACAGCCAGCGGCUGGGAAUUGUAGUUUUGCAGCAUCUCAGUGUUCUCUGUUAAGUUGCGUUUAAAUUUCUAUUUAAUUUUCUUCCUUGAUUUGAUGUUUCAUAUGUAUAAUGUUUCACGAUUGACAUGUGAUGUCACGGUCAUCAGGUGAUGCCACAGGAAGAGACCUGAUAUGGCACGAAGCCGAUCCAUUACUACAACAUGUUAACAGAAGGUUGGCUGGGGCAUGUGAAGGAACACAAUGUUACCCCUCUGGGUCAGUUCUGCCGCCCAGCCAUCAGCAUAGCCAUUUGAGGUCUUUUGGCACUUCCUAGCAGGAAGUUUCUUAUAUCUAUGCAUUCUGCGGGGGCAAAGGUCACUUCCUGUAGGCUCCCGAUGCCAUGAUGUCAAGUGCACUAUUUAUUCAUAUUUGCCAACAUUUUCAUGGGGCCAUCCCAUGGGGACGAAAUGCAAAAGGGGCAGGGUUUAUGCCAAUUUGCAUUUACAUUUUGGGGGGCAUUACUAGUGGGACUUUUAAACUGCCCUGUGAUAUAAGGGUUAAAAUGUUAGUAUAUUUGAAUAUGUUGCCUGGAUAUACGGUAUGUAAAAAAGGCGGUGGUCCCAUAGGCCCAUGCACCAUCACCCGCUAAAAAAAGGAAAAAAAAGAUUGUAGGGAAUGGGGACAGCAGAAGGUCUGUAGGUGGGAUAUAUAUUUAUAUAAUAAUUAUUUUUCUUAUUUUAUUUUUUAUUUUGUUUUGCAAAUUGUCUUCCCGGGGACUUGUCCAGAAACUCUGGAAAAUUAUUUUUAAAGGGGGUUUCCAGUAUUAAAAAAAAACGUAGCUGCUUUCAUCCAAAACCAGCGCCACCCAUGUCAUCAGGUUGUGUGCGGUAUUAGGGUAUGUUCAUGAUGGAAUGAUUAUGGAAUUCCACACAAAGAUUCUGCAGCAGCAGAAUCCCAUUCAUAUCAAUGAGAUUCUUCUGCGCUGUGCACACUGCUGAAUUUCUGUAGCGGAUGUUUCUGCAGAAGAAAUCCCGCAGAUUCUGGAGUUCGCAGAAAGAAUAGACAUUUCCGUCUAUGAGAUGGCGCAUUUUCCGAAGGGGGGGAUAUCAACACGGAAUUGACCGUGUGAACAUAGCCUUACAGCUCUGUUCUAUUCACUUCAAUGGAACUGAGCUGCAAUACCACAUACAACCUGAGGACAGAGGUGGGGCUGUUUUCUGGAGGAAAGCAGCCAUGUUUUUCUAAUCCUGGUCGCAUAGGCAGCCAUCGUAUGUCACAUGUCCGUACCAAAUAACUAAAAGUGAAAUGAUCGCCGCUACAGUUGGUGUUGCCCAUAGCAACCAAUCAAUUACAUCUUUUAUUGGCAGUUGGAAAUAAGAGUGCGGGUUUUUCCCCAUAGCAACAGAUUUGAUGUCUACUCUUAUUUCCAACUGCCACUGGAAAAUAAAUAAUUGAUUGGUUGCUAUAGGCAACAUCUCCAGUCGUUGGUCGGCUUCUGACCAUCUGAAGGACCGCAGUUGACCUAGGUUACCCAAUGGCCCCCCUCCUGCUUAGGACAACCCACUUUAAAGGGGUACUCUGGCCCUGAGACAUCUUAUCCCCUAUCCAAAGGAUAGGGGAUAAGAUGUCU